UACUGAAGAUAUACGAUUCGGCUUUAAAAGUCCUUUCUAAUGUUCCAGUUAGUGUUAUUUUAUCCAAGCUGUCACUUGAACUAGGUCCUAGCUAGUUGCUAACGUUGCUAGGAUUUUGUAAAGCUAUCCAAAUCCACACGUAUAAUUUUCGGGCUGGAAUUUCAAAGUAAAAGCCACACCGAGGUGUUGUCUGUAUAAGGGAAACUUUUGCAGGUGCCAAAGUGUACGUAGAAAUAUGUUAUGGUUAAAUGGUAGACAUAUAGUUAGCUAAGUAAUUGAUACAUGGUUAAAAAAAAAAGUUAACUGUAAAGAUACACAGCUGUAAGAGUACUGGAUACAUUGUCUAAAUAGUAAAACAAAUAAUUGAUACAAGCAAAAUCUUCAGGGUGAAUUAUUGGUUACAUGUUAAAAUACAGAUAAUGGUAAUGGAUAUAUGUUUAAAGUAGUAAGUAAUGGAUAUACCCAUGAAUUUGAAAUAGUUGGCUAAAAGUAUUGAAUGAAUAAAAAUAGACAAUGUACAAAAAAUUGAAAUAGUUAAAACUAUUGUAAGGCUACAUGUUUAAAAUAGAAAGGGUUAAUGGUUCAAAUGGGUAAUAGAUGAAACAAAUUGAUGUAUAGUGAUAUAUAAAAAAGUAAUGAAUAAAAUAAUAAAAAAAUAAAUCCAGUGAUAGGGUAUGUGUAGUUAGUUAAAAUGGCAAAGUAGCCAACAUAGUUAGCUUAAACUAUUGAAUACAUGUUUGAAACAUUUAGCCAGUAAUAAAUGGUGAAACACUGACGAGAGACAGACUGAGGUGCUCAAAAAAAAAAUACUUGCGCUAUAAAAGCAAACAUACAAUCUUGUUGUUUGGAGGAACAUUUUUUUGUUUGUUUUAUGAUAACACAUUUCGCUACUUUAUUUUGAAGGCCAACCUACCCACUAUCGGUUUUGUUGUGCUUGACUGUGGUUAGCUUGAUGCGGAUUGGCUGCUGCUACCUGCUGCGGUACUGCCAGCGGAUACAGGAACUAGCAUGGAGCCCUACUGGAAGGGGAGUUGUUUUUACUCUGUGCUGCAAGCUGCUGCCUCUGGGUGGCACUGUGCUAAAAUAUAAUAAUAUCAAGUUCAAAAAAAAUAAAAAUUGUGAAGUAGCCUAAAAAUAUAUCUGGUAGCUAACAUGUUAUUUAUUCUAAUAAGAGUAUGAGAAGGCUGGAUUACUUUUAGAAAAUAAGCUGUUGUAGCGAUACCCAGACCAACAAUUUGUUCACAUCAGUCAUAAGUGAUUAACUGAAACCUGCAAUUUACACUACUUGAAAUAUAAGUACUUAAUUUUAUUAUUUUCCUAUUAGAGCAUUCAGAAAAGUACGACAUCAUUCCCGAACAUCAACACAGAAUAAACCAAAACAUGGAUGCGUGCACGGUUGUGUACCUAGGGCACAGUCGGGGUUCUUUGCCAAGAAAAUUACGCAAGAUAAUUCCUCGAAGUCACAAAAAAAAGCACAUUUCUAUUUCGUGCUUGGAUGUAAACACAAGGCUCUGGAGUAGGCUAAUAUUGAGCCAAAAUUACACACACACACACACUCACACGCACACACACACACACACACACACACACACACACACUACUUCUCUGCCAAGAACUUCUUCAGCUUGAACAUUUCAUCUAUGAGAUAAAACAGAGCUGAAUAAGCUAGUAAGGUUGCCAAUAGAGGCAAGGGAGAGAAGUGUGUGUAAGAGAGAGAGAGACACACACGGAGAGGGAGUGGGAGAGGGAGAAAGAAGCGGGGGGGAGAAAGGGCGACGAUAAAACUCCAGUGCGUGUCCUCCUGUGAGCUCAGUCGGAGCAAAGGAGCAACUGAGACGAGGGACAGGGAGUUCAACGCAAAAAGGGACAAAUCAGUGCUCCCUGACUGGGCCUUGGACUUGAUGACUUGUUGGGGGUGUUAGCGGGGGAAGCACCUGAGUUGUGUCAGACUGAAGCAGAAUAUCUACCUGCUACCUGUGAGGGUGUGUGUUUUGUGAUAGUGGCGAGUAGAGAAGAUCCAAACUUGACCUCAUCCAUCUCCUCCUGGGCUUUGUUCACUCUGCAUCCCCCCCCCCCCCCACCGGGGUGCAUGGUGUGCGGGACAGACAGAUUGAUUUAACCUGCGUCUUCUGAUGAAAGCCCAAAUUUUGUGGAUUUUGCAGCUUUUCCAGCAACCACGCGACUUCGUCGGUGACUGGAUCCACUUGUUCGUGUGAGAAACAGUGGGAGAGAGCCCGGGGGGAGGGGGGGGAGGGGGUUGAGAAAGAGAAAGAGAAUAUUGCCAUCCAUCUUUUAGCCCUCACAGCCCACCCUCAGCUUUGGAUGCCCCUCCUCUCUGCCUCUUCUUUUGCCCCCCACCCGUGUCCCCCUCCCUCUCUUCUCUGCACCGCACCCCCCAACAGAGCAGAAAGCGUGAAAAAUCUCACUAAUGGGUUUACUUGCUGUCAGAUCUGCAGAGAUCUGUCACUCCUGUGGACCAUUCUGCUUGACACAUUUCAUAGUUGAGUAAGCCUCCUCGCUCUCUGGCUCGAGGUAACAGUGUCCUUGCAUCGUCAAGAGGGGAGCAACGGCGGCAGCAGUCAGUCUGACAGUCUCUUGGACAGGGAGUCCCUGAAGCUGCAUUCCUCCAGUCUCCUUCCCGCCCCAUACCCCCCCAUUGGGACUUUGUGUUUGUCAGCCUUGUGGGCAUCCUCAGCUUCUGUCUAAUCACACGGCCGAGUCCUCUCCAGAAGAUCCAGGCGGUUGCUGCACGGAUUCAGUCGCAGAUUGAAAACCAGCGUGAAGAUGUGGUGUGGGGCCGGGCCUCUGGCCGUGGCGGCUGCAGUGUUUUGGACUCUGUGUCUCCUUCUGGAUGGGGUGGAUGCCAAGAAGGAGAGAAAAAGGCCAAAGGAGGCCACCCCGCAACACACAGAGACCUACAAUGCCACUAUCUCCAACAGCGAAGAGGUCGGCGGAACCAUCAAGAUUUCCGACAACCAGCGAGUGGAUCCACUGGGAUCAUGGAUGGACUUUGUCAAAAGACCGGUUGGAAACUUCCCUGGAAAGUGUCGCAAACGCAAACGACCCCUGCCGGGCCCACCAGGCCCCCCCGGACCUCCUGGCCCACAGGGACCCCCUGGCUCUCCUGGAGCCGAAGUGACCCAGGAAGUUCUUCUCCAGGAGUUCAAAGACAUGAUUAAAGAGGCUACAGAGAGGAGAGCAGCAGCGUUGGACAGACAAACUAGCCCCAGCCAGCUACCUACGGCUCUCCUCACCCUGGAAGGGAUGACCUCCUAUCGGCGGAUAGAGGAGGCUUUCCACUGCAAGUUCAAGGGACCUGUGGUGGUCGACAAGAAGACUCUGGUGGAGCUCCAGAACUUUCAGACACCACCAGCUAAAGGAGCCUUCCUCAGAGGGUCAGGAAUGGACCAGUCCACCGGAAGAUUCACAGCUCCCAUCACUGGGAUCUACCAGUUCUCUGCUAAUGUCCACAUUGACCACAAUGAGGUGAAGAGGAGCAAGAGUCAGCUAAAGGCCAGGGAUAAUGUUCGGGUGCUGAUCUGCAUUGAAUCUCUCUGCCACAGAUACACCUCACUGGAGAUGAUUGUUGGAUUAGAAAGUAACAGCAAGAUAUUCUCUGUCAGCGUGCAGGGGCUGCUGGAGCUACAGGCUGGCCAGUACACCUCCAUAUUUGUGGAUAACGCAGCAGGUGCCUCCAUCACGGUACAAAACGGUUCUGAUUUCAUGGGCAUGCUGCUGGGCGUAUAGUCUCACAACAGGAGCAGGGCGUCAUCCAAGCCAUUCACUGCUGCAGUUU